AUGCCGGUUAAAGAAAAACAAAAUAAAGAAGAUAGACCAUAUAAAUGUACAUUUUGUGAAAAAGCAUUUCAUAGAUUAGAACAUCAAACAAGACAUAUAAGAACUCAUACUGGAGAAAAACCUCAUGCUUGUACAUUUCCUGGUUGUAGUAAAAGAUUUAGUAGAUCAGAUGAAUUAACAAGACAUCUAAGAAUUCAUAAUAAUCCAACUACAAGAAAAAGAAAAAAUAAGAAUAAUGAAUCAAAUAUUAAUAAUAAUAAUGGAAAUGUUGAAGCUAUAUCUAUUCAACAUCAACAACAUAUUCCUUUUAGUAUAGAUAGAAAUGGAAAUCAAGUAUUCCAUCAAUCAUAUCCUAUUUAUUAUGUAUCAAAUGGUAAUGGUUAUAUGCAACCAAUUUUACCUCAACAUUUACCUGUAAUACAUCAACAACAUCAACAGCAGCCACAACAACACCCACAAACUCAAAUACAAUCAAAUAAUACUGUUCCUUCCUUAAAACAAGUUGGGUCAUUUACUUCAAUACCUAAUUCUCAUUCACAACAACAAUAUACAAGUAAUAGAUCAUUUGAAGAAAUUCCUUCUCAUUAUAAUCAACAAGGAUCAGCUGUAUUUUCAAUACCUUCAUCACCAACAACUUUACAACAUCAACAAAAUCUUCAACAACAACACCAACAAUUAUAUAAUCAUCCAAAUUCUCAAUCUUCUAAUAAUAUUGUUAAUCAUACCACAAAUCAAACACGUCCAGUUAUAACAUCAAGAGCAAUAUCAUCAGAUUCAAUUAGACAUUAUCCAACAAAAAUAAGUCAACAAGGUAAUAAUUCACCACCUUUUCAACAACGUUAUCAUAAUCAUCAAUUUUCAAACAUUUCAAAAUCUGAUUCAACAUCAAGUAUAAUAUCAGAAAAUCAAAAAGUUUUUAGUAAUAAUAAUUCAGCAUUACAUUCUUUGGGAACUUCACCUGAUACUUCUAGUUCCUCAUCUACAACAAUGAUGCCACCACCAAAUUCACAAUCUCAAGCAAUUAAUUCACAAGUUCCUACAUCAUCUUUCAGUAAUUUAAAUGAUUAUUUUCAACAAAAAUCAUCAUCAUCAUCAGGAUUAAACAAUACAAGAUUAUUUAAUGCUUCAUCAACUUCAUUAUCCUCAUUAAGUGGUAAAAUAAGAUCUACUUCAUCAACAAAUUUAUCAAGUUUACAAAGAAUGACACCAUUAAAAUCAACAACUACGAAUAAUACUAAUAAUAAUAAUAAAUCUAAUUUUAUAUCAUUACCAAAACAAAUCUCAUCAACUUCUUUAAAUUUAGAAUUUUAUCAAAAUAAUAAUAAUAAUAAUCAUCAUCAUAUAAAUAAAAAAUCAAGACCAAAUUCUCCAAAUUCUUCAUUAACUAAUUUAACAAUGUUAUCAAGUAAUAAUGGUUAUGGUAGUGCUAAGAGAUUUCAAUCAAAUUUUAUAAUAUCACCAAAUGAAACUCCUUUACAAACCCCAAGUCAAUCACCUCAUUUACAACCUGCUACAUUACAUACUACUACUACUACUAAUAAUAAUAACUUACCUACUCAUACAUUAAAUACGCAAACAUCAGAAAAUGAUGCAGAUGAUUUAAAACACAAUGAAUUGUUAAAUGAGAAAUUAAAAAGUAUUGCAACUACUGGAACAAAAUUACCUCCAAUAAGAUCAGUAUUAAGUUUUACAUCAUUUAAUAAUUUAAAUAAUUAUCCUAAUGAAAAACAACAACACGAAGUUGAUGACAAAGAUAGAGCUAUUAAUGAUGAUUUAAAUUUAAUUAAACAAAAUCAAAGUGUUAUGAGUUUAAAUAAUUUACUAAGUUAG